AUGGAGCACUGGUUUCCGUUUCUCCUGGUACUUGGAGUUACAUAUUUGGGAUAUUUAGACACUUUGCCCUUGUUACCUUGGAGUUGGGAUUCUAAGCCAAUAAUAGGAGCUAUUGAUAUGUACAAUAAAGGACUAAAUGGCAGCUCCCGCUUUAAGCUUCUUUCGUUUGAUUCACAGGAUAAACAGGCUGCAACUUCUUGGUCAUUUGUCAUCAAAGAAACUCUGUGCUCAAAGUCAACAAAACAAAAUGCUGAUGAAUGUGGCUUCAAAGAGAACGGUGAGAUAAGAAACUGCACUGUAACGUUUCAUGGAUCAGACAGUAAAAAUAUUGAUGUUACUUGUGACACAUCAAAAAACAUGGACAUUUCUUUAAAUGACAACAUUAAAGAUGAAAAUAGAAAUGAGAAAGACAAAAGCAACAAGCUGAAUAUUACAGAACCUAAAGAACCCAAUAAAAUGUUCCCAUUUAAAAGUAUCAGAAAAGCUGCAAUAAAUAUAGAUCUGAAUAAUGCUAACAUGUUUUCAUGCUUACAAUGCAUUUGGGAUAUUUUCAACUCUAGGACUAACAUAGUCUAA